ACUUUAUAAAUGGCGCUGGAUACCAGAACCAAAACCAGCCCAGGGUACCAGAAUCGACAGCUUCUCCAUUAUAAUUGAGGGUGAAAUAUUUUGGACUGAAACAUUCCUUUCGUGAGGAUGUUGAGGUAUUGGACACCACGUACACAGAUGAGAGGAAUAGAGAGACUCGUCUUCCUGUUUUGGCUGCUGCAAGUUGUCCUCUUCAUUGAUGGGGUGGAAGAGGCAGACAAUGAGAUAGACCAUAGUGCAGACUCAGAUGGUGUCCUCUUCAUUGAUGGGGUGGAAGAGGCAGACAAUGAGAUAGACCAAAGUGCAGACUCGGAUCGUGACCUCUUCAUUGAUGGGGUGGAAGAGACAGACAAUGAAAUAGACCAAAGUGCAGACUCGGAUGGUGACCUGUCUGUGUUGCUCGGGGCUGGUGCUGCUGGAAUGGGUCUCCUCGCGGUCCUAGCGCUAACCUACAGGAGAAUGCAUGUCAAGUGGCCAUGGAAUUUAAAUCCGGAGGACACACCAGAAGUCAUAGUAACAUACUGGAACAAUUGUGUGGCCAACGAGGCAACAACAGAGGAAACCACAGCAGAACAUGGAGGGAAGGUGGAACCAAUCAUUGUAGAACCCUAGAGGAACAGAAAUACAGAACACAGGAUGGACUGGAGAUGUCUAUUUUCAAUUGUCUUUUGUUUUAAACCAGUGUUAUCUUCAUGUCACACGACUUAGGCACUAGCUAUGUCACUCCCUGCUACCAACACACAACCCCUAGCACAAUGUCCUAGUGGACCUUAAAACCUAGUAGUCAAUAGAAUUUUCAAAGCCAAGUGGUUUGAUUUUAUUUCUGUGAAUGAACUUCACACAUAUUCCUUAAACACACAUCUGUGACACACUGCAACACCGAAUAAUAAGAUACACUGUACAUAUAAGCUAUAUUUAGUUAUAAAAUGUCAUUGGAUUGUUUAGAUAAGAAUAAUUAUUAUUAUUAAUAAAGAACAAAAAUGUCAUCUAUAAAAUAUGUAAACUUUUUGUGAAUUAC